AUGAAGGGAGACACCAGACAUCUCAAUGGAGAGGAGGAUGCCAGCGGGAGGGAGGACUCAAUUAUCAUCAACGGGGCCUGCAGCGACCAUUCCUCAGACUCGCCCCCCAUCCUGGAGGCUAUCCACACCCCGGAGAUCAGAGGCCGCAGGUCAAGCUCACGACUGUCCAAGAGGGAGGUCUCCAGUCUGCUAAGCUACACUCAGGAUCUGACAGGAGAUGGAGAUGCCGAAGGGGAGGAUGGGGAUGGCUCCGACACUCCGGUGAUGCCAAAACUCUUCCGUGAAACCAGGACUCGGUCUGAAAGCCCAGCUGUCCGAACCCGAAAUAACAACAGUGCCUCCAGCCGGGAGAGGCACAGGCCCUCCCCACGUGCCACCCGAGGCCGGCAGGGCCGCAGUCAUGUGGACGAGUCCCCCGUGGAGUUCCCAGCUACCAGGUCCCUGAGGCGGCGGGCAGCAGCAUCGGCAGGCACGCCGUGGCCGUCCCCUGCCAGCCCUUACCUCACCAUCGACCUCACAGAUGACACCGAUGACACAGAUGUGACACCCCAGAGCAGCAGUACCCCCUACACCCGCCUAGCCCAGGACAGCCAGCAGGAGAGCUUGGAGUCUCCACAGGUGGAUGCAGAAAGGAGAGACGCAGACAGUGCAGAGUAUCAGGAUGGGAAGGAGUUUGGAAUAGGGGACCUCGUGUGGGGAAAGAUCAAGGGCUUCUCCUGGUGGCCUGCCAUGGUAGUGUCCUGGAAGGCCACCUCCAAGCGACAGGCCAUGUCCGGCAUGCGAUGGGUCCAGUGGUUUGGCGAUGGCAAGUUCUCAGAGGUCUCUGCGGACAAACUGGUGGCCCUGGGGCUGUUCAGCCAGCACUUUAACCUGGCCACCUUCAAUAAGCUGGUUUCUUACAGGAAGGCCAUGUACCAUGCCCUGGAGAAAGCCAGGGUGCGAGCUGGCAAGACCUUCCCCACCAGUCCUGGAGACUCAUUGGAGGACCAGCUGAAGCCCAUGUUGGAGUGGGCCCACGGGGGCUUCAAGCCCACUGGGAUCGAGGGCCUCAGACCCAACAACAAGCAACCAGUGGUUAAUAAGUCGAAGGUGCGUCGUGCAGGCAGUAGGAACUUAGAAUCAAGGAAAUACGAGAACAAGACAAGAAGACGCACAGCUGACGACUCGGCCACUUCUGACUACUGCCCUCCACCCAAGCGCCUCAAGACAAAUUGCUACAACAAUGGAAAAGACCGCGGGGACGAGGACCAGAGCCGAGAACAAAUGGCAUCUGAUGUCACCAACAACAAGGGUAACCUGGAAGACAGCUGCCUAUCUUGUGGCAAGAAGAACUCUGUGUCGUUCCACCCUCUCUUUGAGGGGGGCCUCUGCCAGACAUGCCGGGAUCGGUUCUUGGAGUUGUUCUACAUGUACGACGACGAUGGCUACCAGUCUUACUGCACCGUGUGCUGUGAGGGUCGGGAGCUGCUUCUCUGCAGCAACACGAGCUGCUGCCGGUGCUUUUGUGUGGAGUGCCUGGAGGUGCUGGUUGGCUCAGGCACUGCGGCAGAGGCCAAGCUUCAGGAGCCAUGGAGUUGCUAUAUGUGUCUGCCACAGCGCUGUCACGGUGUCCUGCGGCGCAGGAAGGACUGGAAUGUGCGCCUGCAGGCCUUCUUCACCAGUGAUAUGGGGCGAGAAUACGAAGCCCCCAAGGUGUACCCUGCGAUUCCUGCAGCCCGAAGGAGGCCCAUUCGAGUUCUGUCUCUGUUUGAUGGUAUUGCAACAGGGUACUUGGUCCUCAAAGAAUUGGGCAUAAAGGUGGAAAAGUAUGUCGCCUCUGAAGUGUGUGAAGAGUCCAUCGCCGUUGGAACUGUCAAGCAUGAGGGGAAUAUCAAAUAUGUGAACGACGUGAGAAACAUCACAAAGAAAAAUAUUGAAGAAUGGGGCCCCUUUGACUUGGUGAUCGGUGGAAGCCCAUGCAAUGAUCUCUCAAAUGUGAAUCCUGCCAGAAAAGGCUUGUACGAGGGGACAGGCCGGCUCUUCUUUGAGUUCUACCACCUGCUGAAUUACUCGCGCCCCAAGGAGGGGGAUGACCGGCCGUUCUUCUGGAUGUUUGAGAACGUCGUAGCCAUGAAGGUCGGCGACAAGAGGGACAUCUCAAGGUUCCUGGAGUGCAAUCCAGUGAUGAUCGAUGCCAUAAAAGUAUCUGCUGCUCACAGGGCACGAUAUUUCUGGGGCAACCUACCCGGGAUGAACAGGCCCGUGAUAGCAUCAAAGAAUGAUAAACUCGAGCUUCAAGACUGCUUGGAAUACAAUAGGACAGCAAAGUUAAAGAAAGUACAGACAAUAACCACCAAGUCGAACUCGAUCAGACAGGGGAAAAACCAACUUUUCCCUGUUGUCAUGAAUGGCAAAGAAGAUGUUUUGUGGUGCACUGAGCUCGAAAGGAUCUUCGGCUUUCCUGUACACUACACAGAUGUGUCCAACAUGGGCCGAGGCGCCCGCCAGAAGCUGCUCGGGAGGUCCUGGAGUGUGCCAGUCAUCCGACACCUCUUCGCCCCCCUGAAGGACUACUUUGCAUGUGAAUAG